UGCCACGAGUGUAUGAAGUGUUCCACAAGAUUUGAUUUUAUGAAAAGAAGGCAUCACUGUCGGAGGUGUGGCAAAUGCUUCUGUGACAAAUGUUGUACCAUCAAGAUUGCUCUGCCACGCAUGUGUUUUGUUGACCCAGUACGUGUUUGUGACACAUGUGCAGCAGUUACACGAAAGGAAAAUGAGUUCUUUGACAAACAUUUAAAAACUUUAACUAAUGGUGCUGAUUUUUUUCUCAGUGGAUCAACAAUUGAAGAAAAUAAUGAAGAAUUAUUUUUCUGCAAGAUAUCACAGGACCAGAGGACACUGCAGUUUGAGGGAGAACACAGAAAACAUGAGCCUGUAGAGCUGAGCAAGGUGGACUCUGUACAAAUUUUAACUUCAAGUGCAGAUGACCAAGCACUCACUUUGGAAGAAGCAAGCCCCAUUGCCAUCGGGUUAUCUAUCAAAUAUAAAGACCGUCAGUCGGACCAACAGUUUCUUAGGAUGUCAAUUACCAAUUUACCAAAUAAGAAAGCAUCACAGCUGUGGACAGCAGCUAUGCAAAAGGGAGCACGGAUGCUGUAUGAAAGUAAGUCAUCAGAAACAACCUGAAACCAGCGGGACCAAGUUGGACUGGGUUGAGUGGGGAUCUAAACCACAUUACAUGUCUUCUGAGGAGAAUUUAUCAUUUGACCUAUUUUUACAGCAACAUGUCUAAUUUGGGAGACUCUGAUGGUCCGUUAUUUCUAAUUAACACUGUCUAUUGCAUGCUGGUGAAUUCUUUUAUAUCUCCCUUUAUAUAUUUAUGGAGACUCAAAUUGUAGAACGUCAUGAAGCUGUCUGUUGGCUGUUUUCCUGUGGAAAUAAAUCAAUAUAUAUUUGAAAGUGUCAAUUGAUGAAUCUCAUUGGGUAAUUGAAUUUAAUGCGCCAUUUCCAAAAAGAGGGCUGAUGUUUAGAAUUUUAUGUUGAUCUUAGAUUAAGAACAUAUGAUUACAUUGUAAACAUAUUUUGUUAAAAACAAUUGAAACAAAAAUAUAUUUUAAGGCAUGUGGUAAAAGUGGCAAUAUUUAACAAAAGAAUUUCAAGCUGUUAAUUAAGUGCUUAUUUGGAUGUCCUCACAAAAGUGUUUUAUUUAACUUUAAACAUAUUCUCCACAAAAAGCCUGGAGGUUGUUGAGGUUAAUUUAACACUCAUUUAAUAAGAGCAUUUACCAAUAAUUUGGAAUUGUUUCACCAGUGCUUGAUUCCUAAUGAUUCAUUUUUUUACUUGUUUUAUUAAUUUUCUUUCAUAUAGACUUAUUGUCUGUACUUAACAAAACCAUAUAAUUGCAUAUAAAUCUGUUCAGAAACAUAUAUAUAUAUAUAUAUAGAUAUAUCAAAAUAUGACUUAAAGAAAUGAGUAUUUUUAAAGGCUCAUUCUUGGCCCAUUCUAGGCUCAUUCUUGCAGUAGGUAGUCCAGUGCAUGCUUAGUUUACUUAUGAAUUUGUAUUUGAAAUACUCUCACAUAAUUUUAAACCAAUGAUAUGAACAUCACUAGGUUGAUAUAAUCUUAGUAAAAUAAGUAUGUAUUUUACUGUUACUAAUUUUAGUUUUUUCACUCUUGCAUAAAAGGGGGCCAAUGUUGUCAUCACUUCAAGAUAAAAAUUAGGAAAAUUCUCAGCAUUUUCAAUAGAAAAUUGUUUUAAUUUUGAUUUGAUAAAAUUAAAAGUAAAAUAAGGAUUUUUAGAUCAUGUUUGCAAAGAUUGAAAAGACUCCUCCAUCAUUUUAUACUGGCAUUUAAUUUCAUCCUUUUGUGAUGCAGAUUUUUAUGGAAGUUCCACUGGGAGAGAAAAGGGGACUUGUAGAAGAGAGAAUUGUGCUGAAGUUUAUCAAGCAAUAGAUUUAAGGUGAAUUUUAAAGCUUGAAGAUGGGCAAAUUCCCGAAUCGUUUACAUGUUUUAAUUCAGUCGUCUAAUAUAAGACACAAAGAUUGAUUUGUGAGCAUUUCAAAUUCAUUGUUAAAAUCUAUACUAUGGUACAUUGUUGACAUUAGAAUAAAAACUGAUGGGAAUAUACAUGCUUCAGGAAAUCCCUUAAAAAUAUUAUGGCCUGGUGUUAAGAUACUGUUUUAUAUGAAUUUUACGGUGCUUGGAGGAGUUAAAGUUUGAUUAUUGUAAGUGUUCAUUUUGAAAAUAUAAUUUUUUUAUGAAAUAAAAACAUGAAGUAAA